AUGCGGACCACGUGUGUCAUCCUCUCGCUCGUCGGUACCGCUCUUGCCCAGAGUGUAGCCAUACUCUCCCCUCCUGUUGGUGCCACGCUCGUGCCCGGCAGUACUUUCGUCGUCGACGUUGACAAAGCAGACUCCCUCUCACCUUCCGAAGACGUGUCCGUCGCCAUUGGUAUGAUCAGCUGCGGGUCGGAAACACCCUGCAAUGGGCUUGGCGCAUCCAGCGGCAUCCUCGGCAAUAUCAUCCACACGGGGGACUACUCCCCGCAGCUGCGACCGAACAGCACGCAUCUCUUCCAGAACUACACUGUGCAGGUCCCGUCGGCCAUGGAAAGCGGGCCCGCGGUGCUCACGAUUGCACAUUUCUAUCUGCUGGGGGCCGGCGCAAGCCCCACUGUCGAGAUGGUCAACACUACCGUUACAAUUCAAUGA